GCGGCGCCAGCGCCGGGCCAGUGCGCUGCCAGCCACCAGCCGCCACGCACGCCGCAAGAUGGGCCAGAAACGUGAAGACCAGGUACAGGCGGCGAUGGGAGAGUGGGGUCGGUGGCAGCUGCUGGUGGUGCUGUCCGUGUCGCUGGUGAAGUUUCCGGUGGCCUGGCACCAGCUGGGCAUCCUCUUCCUGGCGCCACCCGCGCGCUUCUGGUGUGAGGAGCCGCCCUCCAACAUCUCUGGAAAAUGCUCCGUCUCACUCAACGGGACGCCCACGCCCUGCACCAGCUACCGCUACGAUCGUUCAAUCUUCACGGAGACCAUCAUCACGCAGUGGGACCUCGUCUGCGACAGAGAGCAACUGGCCAACGUUGCACAGACGGUGUUCAUGUUCGGCAUUCUUAUCGGCAAUGUGCUCUUCGGCAUGCUGGCUGACAGAUUUGGAAGGAAAAAGCCUCUGGUGUUUGGAGUAAUAAUGCAGCUGUUAACGGGAACAGCUGUGGCUUUCGUGCCGUGGUACCCAGUUUUCCUCGCUGUGCGAUUUCUUCUUGCAAUAGUAACUGGAGGAACGAUGAUAACUAGUUUUGUCUUAUGCAUGGAAAUUUUAGGUGGAAAAUGGCGAAUGAUUGUGUCAACCUUAAGUCAUAUUCCAUUUAGUCUGGGACAUAUGUCAAUGGUUGGAUUUGCCUACUUUGCAAGAGAUUGGCAUAAUUUUCAACUUCUGAUUUCCUUACCAUCUGUGAUGCUACUCUUUUACUGGUGUGUGCUUCCAGAGUCACCUCGAUGGCUUCUUGCUGUUGGUCGUACAAAGGAAGCUGGUGCAAUAUUGGAAAAAGCAGCUGCUAAGAAUAAUUUAAAAAAUGUAGAUGUUUCUCAGAUCAUCAAGACUACUGUCUCAGCCACUGAAAAGAAAGAUGUGGAGGAAAAGGGAAAUAUAUUGGACCUCUUUAGAACACCAAACAUGAGAAUGAAGACACUGUGCAUGUACUUCAAUUGGUUUGUUUGUGGUUUGUGCUUCUAUGGCCUAGCACAAUACAUGGGACAAGUGGGUGGAAAUAUUUUCAUCAAUGUUACAAUUUCAGGCGUGAUUGAAAUGUGUGGCCCAUUCAUUUGUAUUUACUGUAUGGGCAAAUUUGGCAGACGAAAUACAUUAAUAGGAGGUCAUAUGCUGGCUGCUGCAGCUUGUCUACUUGUCAUGGUGGUUCCACGAGGUGAAGGUGCAGCAGAAUGGGCAGGAAUACUCUUGGCAGCCCUUGGGAUCAUUGGAAUGUCCACCUCAUUUCCAACGGUGUAUCUAUAUUCAGGGGAACUGUUCCCUACCGUAGUUCGUAAUGUUGGAGUGGGCUCUUCAUCAAUGUGUGCACGUGUUGGCUCAAUGGUGGCUCCAUUUGUAUCAAGUUUGAUCCGCUAUAGUGAGUACCUGCCACCUCUGCUGUUUGGUGCUACACCACUUAUUGGUGGGCUUCUGUGUCUGCUGCUGCCAGAAACUGCUAACACUGAGCUACCAGACACACUACUUGAGGGAGAGAACUUUGGAAAGAAACCAAAAAAUAAGAAACAGGGAAGUGAUAAUGACGGAUAUGUUGGUGACAGUGCACUGUAAUGGGAAACAACACAUCAUAAGAAGCUGGAUUCAGACUUGUCAUCAACAAUGGUUUUUUAAUAUUGUGAUUUUAUCAUGCUGAAUUAAUGUAAUCAAAAUGUUUAUUUUCUAAAUAAAAUUUUUAAAAUAUGCA